AUGGCGGCGAUGAGGGCGCGGCACAAGAUUCGAGCUCCACGAAGGGGAUUCUCGCAUGCGAGAACCGAUGAUUUCGAUUCUAUAUGGGAGGUUCUGUCCGUGUCAUUAAACGAAAUCAACACCAAGAAUGCCUCGAGUCUCUCCUUCGAGGAGCUUUAUCGCCAUGCCUACAAGAUUGUGUUGAUGAUGCGGGGUGAUGAUCUUUACGAAAAGGUCACAGAACUGGAGCAAAGUUGGCUUCAAACCAAUGUUCAGAAGCUCAUCACGGAAUCAAUCUCUGCAAGUCUUCUGCGAGCGCAGAGUUCAACGGAUGCCCAGGACCAAUCGAGCGAGAGGAGAGAAGCCGGUGAGAAGUUCCUGGCCGCUCUGAAGGAUGCUUGGGAGGACCACCAGCUAUGCAUGGGCAUGGUGACAGAUGUUAUGAUGUAUAUGGUAAGACAACUCACAAAGAACUCUGAUGAAUCCAGUUGCUCACAUCUUGUGCAGGACCGUAUGAUAAUCACAGCCCACUCCAAACCGUCCAUAUACGUUACCUGCAUGGCGUUAUUCCGCGACAGCAUCCUUCGUUCAUCCGUUCGCCCCGAAUCUUCCCUCACAAUCACCGAUAUGCUCAAGUCAACCAUAUUAUUCAUGAUCUCGCUGGAGAGGUCUGGCCAUAUGAUCGAACGGCCAUUGAUUCGGCAUUGUAUCCAAAUGCUGGAGGGUCUUUAUGAAACCUCAACGGAAGAAGAGAGCUCGAAGCUCUACCUGACUAUAUUUGAGCCGGCUUUCCUCGAGGCCAGCAAGGAGUUUUACCAGGCCGAAGGACAGCGUCUCUUGCAGAUUGGAGAUGCUACGACGUUCUGUCGGGUCGCCACUCAACGGGUCGCGGAAGAACGAGAACGGUGUCGCUAUACACUGGCAGUGGUGUCAGAACCAAAGGUCCUUGACUUGCUCGACGAGCACUUAAUCCGCAGCAACAUUGAGGAAGUUGUCAAUCUCGCGGAAUCCGGCGUCAGACACAUGCUCGACCACGAUCAAUUAGAGGGAUUGCAAAAUGUCUACUUGCUCAAUGCAAGGGUAGACAGGAAGAAAGAAGCUUUAACAAACGUGCUCAACAAGCGGAUCGUGGAGAUGGGCAAGGAAAUCAAUAAAUCAUCCAUCGUGCUGCCCCAAGCCGCGGCAGCAGCGCCGUCGUCAGAAAAGGACGGGAAAGGCGAGAAACGGACAGAAAAGGGGAAAGACAAGGAAAAGCCCCAAAACCAACAAACCGUCUCAGCGAUUCGUUGGGUUGAUGACAUUCUUGCCCUCAAGACCAAGUUCGACGGCGUUUGGGAGAAGGCGUUUGGUUCUGACCAAGGCCUUCAGAGCUCAAUUGGAGCCAGCUUCUCCAACUUCAUCAACAUGAACUCGAGAAGCUCCGAAUACCUAUCACUCUUUUUUGAUGAGAACCUCAAGAAAGGAAUCAAGGGAAAGACCGAGAAUGAGGUUGACGUCCUCUUGGAUAACGGCAUCAUGAUGCUGCGGUACAUCAAAGACAAGGACUUGUUCGAAUCAUACUACAAGAAACAUCUGUCCCGCCGUCUCUUGAUGAAGCGCUCUGCAAGCAUGGAUGCCGAAAGACAGAUGAUCUCGAAGAUGAAGAUGGAAGUGGGCAACCAAUUUACACAGCGUAUUGAAUCUAUGUUCAAGGAUAUGACUGUGUCAGAAGAUCUCACAGCCAACUACAAAGAGCAUGUCGCUCGUAAUGGUGAUCCUGACCAGAAACCCGUGGACUUGGAGAUCAACGUCCUCACUAGCACAAUGUGGCCCAUGGAACUCAUGACCAACACCAAAGAUGGAGCGGUCCAGCUACCGUGCAUCUAUCCCAAGGAGAUCGACACCCUCAAGUCGAGCUUCGAGAGAUUCUAUCUCGACAAACACAGUGGCCGCAAGCUUUCAUGGCAAGCCAGUAUGGGAACUGCGGAUCUGCGAGCCACAUUCGUCCGCUCCACUGGCAAGACCCAACGCUACGAGCUCAAUGUCUCAACCUACGCCAUGGUCAUUCUCCUGCUGUUCAACGAGAUUCCCGAUGGAGAGUUUCUCACAUACGAUGCGAUCAAGGAACGCUCGCGGAUCCCCGAUCAUGAUCUCACCCGCAAUUUACAGUCACUAGCAGUGGCCCCGAAGACGCGAGUCUUGAAGAAAGAUCCUAUGAGUAAGGACGUCAAACCUACUGAUAAAUUCUCCUUCAACCAUGACUUCCACAGUCCCUUCGUGAAGGUGCGCAUUGGAGUCGUCAGCGGCAGCGCAAAUAAGGUCGAAAAUCAGGACCAGCGCAAGGACACCGAGAAGAAGAUGAACGAUGAGCGUGGCGGUAGUAUUGAGGCCGCCCUCGUUCGAAUCAUGAAACAACGCAAAACUCUCACCCAUUCCCAGUUGAUGACGGAAACCCUGUCUCAACUCUCUGCUCGCUUUGUCCCAGAUGUCAACAUGAUCAAGCGCCGUAUUGAGAGUCUCAUUGACCGUGAAUAUUUGGAGCGAGUCGGCGAAGAGCCGCCUACUUACGGGUACGUCGCAUAG